AUGCUUCCCAAACCAAGUCUAGCCGGCGGUUGCUACAUUGUCAGUGACGAUUUAGCAAAAUAUCUCCCGCAAGUUGAGGCCAAGAUCCACACAACAAUCCUGGAUUCGAUAUGUAAGACCAAUCUCACACAAACCUUUAUCAAUCCAUCUCAGAGCCAGGUGGCUCGGGAAGUCAAGUAUAUAUUUCCCCUGCACGGCGAGGUGUCUGUCGUUGGCUUCACUUGUUACGUGGGUGAUCGCGUGAUCAAGGGUGUAGUGAAGGAAUCACGGGAGGCUCAGGCAGACUUUGGCAAAGCCAAGGCCCAGGGCAAGACCGCCGUCUUGUUUCAACGAUCCCGCAAGGCCUCUGAUGUUUUUUCCACGACUAUUGGGAACCUCCCUGCAGGCGGGGAAGUGCGCGUUGAGCUGACGUACCUUGAGGAAUUGAAGCAUGAUGCUGAGAUCAACGGGCUGCGCGUCACGAUUCCCACUCGGAUUUCUCCCCGUCAUGGAUCUGCUGCCUGGGAAACAGGAGCUCCUGGGGUCAAAGAGCGUGGAAUGUCUAUCACAGUCGAUGUCGAGAUGCCAAGAGGCUCUGUGAUCAGAUCCAUUCAGUCACCAUCCCAUCCUAUGUCUGUCGCCAUCGGCACACUGUCUACCGCGCCGCAGUCGGAGCCAGCUCUUAGCAAGGCAUCUGCUAGCUUCACUCAAUUGUCAGUCGGCUUGGAUAUCGAUGUUGUUAUUGAUAUCGUGGCUACGAACCUUGCUGAGCCUGCUGCAUUCCUCGAAACCCAUCCAACAAUCCCCAAUCAAAGAGCCCUCAUGAUGACCCUUGUCCCAAAGUUCAAUCUUGCCCCGAUAAAGCCGGAGAUUGUGUUUCUUUGCGAUCGAAGCGGCAGUAUGAGGCCUGAAAUAAAAAACCUUGUGGCUGCUCUUCAUAUUUUCCUCAGAUCGCUACCCGCUGGAGUUAAAUUCAACAUCUGCAGCUUCGGUACAAACCACACCUUUCUCUGGGAGCGGUCGAAAGCUUAUGAUAAGGAAUCUUUCGAGGAAGCAAAGUAUCACAUAGAGGAUUUUGAAGCUGGCUACGGCGGAACGAAUAUCUUUGAUCCUCUUGAGGCCACUUUCGAGCAUCGUCAUAGCGACAUGAACCUCGAGGUGUUUGUUCUUACUGACGGCAGAAUCAGUGACCAAGACAAACUUUUCGACCUCAUACACAAGUGGACGGCCAAGUCCAACCAGAAUAUACGCGUUUUCAGUCUUGGUGUUGGGUUAAAUGUGAGCUCUGCCCUAGUUGAGGGAAUUGCACGGGCAGGCAACGGCUUCGCGCAGACUGUCCACGUUUCGGAGACGAUGGACAAGAAGGUCAUCCGGAUGCUCAAGGGUGCCCUACUUCCCCAUAUAAAGGAUUACAGCCUUGAGAUCAAAUAUGGCAAAGUUGAUGCCCAGAAUGACGAGGACUUUGAAAUCAUCGAGAGUGUUUCAGACUCCCUGUUGGUUCAUUACAAGGAUGAUGAAGAAUGGGUUGAGGUAGAGAGCCAGACUGUAAGGGAAACGGACCCCCAGAUCCCGAAGGGCGAUGAGAAGUCUGAUUUAAGUCCUCCUACUCAACCGCUUCAACCAAAACGUGUAAGUUUGCCUGCAAUACCAGCCCCAGACUAUAUUCAGGUUCCAAGCCAAAUCACCCAGGUCUUUCCCUUCAAUCGAACUACAACAUAUGUUCUGCUGUCAAAUCAAAAUCAAAAUCAAAAUCUCGAGCCAAAGUCGGUCAUCUUGAAAGGAUCUUGCCAUCAAGGGCCCCUAGAGUUAGAGAUCCCCAUUGUCCACCUUUCUGAGAAAGCGUCCGUUAUCCACCAGAUGGCGGCUCGCAAGGAGAUCAGGGAUCUAGAACAGAAUCGAGGUUGGCUUUCUGUAGCCAGAGACGAUGGCGGGACGCUGCUAAGAGAGCAAUUCCGUCCCGGCUUUUCCAAUAUGGCGAAAAGAGAGGCUGUUCGACUGGGAGUGCAGUUUCAGGUCGUGGGCAAAUGGUGCUCGUUUGUAGCCGUGGAGCCGCCGCAAAGUAGAGGCCUCGCUGGAUUGGAGAAGGAGAUUGGUGAGAUUGAAAUUUCUCAGUUGCCGACUGAUGUGAGGCCCAUCGCCUGCAGCUCACGUUCGAUGCCCCGCGACAGGGCGCAGGUCUCGGGCAACGCCAGCCAAAGGGGAUUUUGCGCACAGAUUGGCAAACGCAGAGCUGUUGGGUUAUCCAGCAAGGCGCCCAGUUCCUCGUCCACAGGAGCCUUUUCCCAUUCGAAACCGAAAGCCACACCAGCGAGCUCUGGGGAAGCUGGGAACAGCCAGCCGAUGGAUAAUGGUGGCAGCAAGGCAGACAGCGCUUAUUCCAACCACUCCAAGCUUCAAAGCCUCAUUGCUUUGCAAGACUUUGGCGGUUGCUGGGGCUGGAGCAUAUAUUUCGAGGAAAUCGUAAAACCCAAAUUUCAUUCUCUUCUCGAGCUCGAUCUUCCGGUCUCCGUUGCCAAUCAUAAAAUUAGUGGCGAUAUUCUGGCUACAGCUUGCACAAUCGCCUUUCUCAAGAAAUAUUUCACCGAAGAGAAAGAAAUUUGGGAUCUGGUUGCAGAGAAAGGUCUAGAUUGGCUCAAGGAUCAAAUCGGAGGCGAGGUCGAGGGGUUACUACAGAAGGUCUCCGAUCAAAUAUAG